AUGAUCAAGAUGAUGAUAAUGAUCAAGAUGAUGAUAAUGAUCCAGAGGAUGAUAAUGAUCAAGAUGAUGAAAAUGAAAGCAACGAGGAUCAAAGUGAUCAGAUAAAUGGAUCAAGACUGAUAGAAAACAUCUUCUUUGAACCCCCUGAGGAUGAUGAUCCGAAAGAACAGGAACCUGAACCUGAUGUAGAAAAAUGCUGUAACAAGUCUUUCAUGCCAUUUGUUGAUGAAAAUCUUUCUGAUGAAACGUCAGCUGACGAAACACUUGCUAAUCAGGCUUAUGCUGCUCCGCUUGAUGAUCAGGCCCAAGCUGAUACGCUUGAUGAUCAGGCCCAAGCUGAUACGCUUGAUAAUCAUGCCCAUGCUGAUACGCUUGAUGAUCAGGCCCAUGCUGAUACACUUGAUGAUCAGGCCAAUGCUGAUACGCUUGAUAAUCAGACCCAUGCUGAUACGUUUGAUGAUCAGGUCCAUGCUGAUACGCUUGAUAAUCAGGCCCAAGCUGAUACGCUUGAUGAUCAGGCCCAAACUGUUACGCUUGAUUAUCAGGCCCAUGCUGAUACGCCUGAUAUUCAGGCCCAUGCUGAUAUGCUUAUUGCUCAAACAUCUGUUGAUAUGAUGAAUGCAGAAGAGUCUCCUGGAUAUGAGAAAUUUUCUGCUCUUGCGCUUGCUGAUGAGACAUUUAUUGAAGAUGAAUUUGAAAUUGUGGAAGAAACAGUUCUUGAGGAUAAAACUUUUCUGUAUGAGGAAAAUGAACAGUUGGAAGCUUCUAAGAAAGAAUUUACUCAAAUUGCACAAGACCAUGAUCAUCAAGAAAGUUUACUUGUUCAACAAGAGGAGGAAUUAGAUCAAACUAAAGAGAGUAAUGUUUCAACUGGAUUCCGCUAUCCAUCCUUUGAAACCAAAAUCAUUGAUAACAAAUUUUUAAAUUUCGAUCAGAAGAUCCUGAUGAACAUCAAAGGUGAUUAA